GGUCGGCAGGGUCACGUGAUUCCGCGGGGCGACCGCUCCCGCUGACUCUUGACGGGCAGGUGAGCCAUGGCGCGGGCUGUGUUCUUGCUCCUGGUGGCAUUACUGAGCCGAGUGGGGGCUAUCCCCCCUCACGAGGAGGUCGCGCGAAUGGCGCGGUACGUGGUUAAUCGCUGCGACUGGGCGGCCAUGGCGACCGUCUCCACACAUAAGCCGGUUGUCGGACGGGCUUUCGCCAACGUCUUCUCCAUCAGUGACGGUCUGCAAGGGAAGGGAAGCGGGGUGCCGUACCUCUAUCUGACCCCGCUGGAAAUCUCAGUACAGGAUAUCAAGAAUGAUCCAGAAGUCUCCCUGACCGUGACCUUGGCAGAAACUGACUACUGUAGAAAAAACAAAUACGAUGCUCAAAGUCCACUUUGUUGUCGUGUGAUCCUCUGUGGAACAAUUGUGACGGUGAAAGGGACAGAAGUGAAAAUUGCCAAGGAGGCUCUCUUCAAGCGUCAUCCAGCAAUGCCCAACUGGCCAUCUAGUCACGGAUGGUAUUUCGCCAAGCUGAAUAUCACCAACAUUUGGGUCCUGGAUUAUUUUGGUGGAAUAAAAAUUGUAACACCAGAGGACUACUACAAUGUCAAACCAGAAUAUGAAAGGAAUUUGACUGAUGGAUGGAAAUUGUGAAUGGUGUAAUUCAGAACAAAGUGCUGACCUUACCAAGAUGUGCCUUCACUUAAUAUUGGAAAAGGAUGUGCUGGGAAACUACUUCAAAUUGAUUUGAAAGAAAGAAAAUGAGAUUUGAAUUGAAUAUUUUAGAGAAAAUAUUUUAGUUUUGAAUAUUACAAUUGUUUAGUAUCCCCGAAUUGGGAAUGUGGUGAAGAAUUUUGAGAUUAUUUUCAUACCUUUUUAGUUAAUAUGAUGUAAAUGGAAUAUAGUAAAAUAUUGAGCUGGAAUAAAGUUAUUUACAGCCAGUAUUUUGAAAAGCAAAAAUCUAGUUGAUAGAAGCCCAAAACAAAACAAUGAGAGCUCAAGUUCUGUGCAAAUAUUUCGUUUCAGGUUAACUACAUUACAAAUAAUCAGUCCUAAGCAUUGACUCUUAUUUCAGUUUAACACAGAUAUUGGAUCUGUUGAUAAUUUACAGCAUUUUGCUUUGAUUGCUCAUUACCUGAUUCUUCUAUCAAUUGUCUUGCAUAAAGAUAAUUAAGAUUUCUGACUUAAACAUUUACUUAAAUUAGAACAAAUUCUUUGGUUGUGCAGAUGAAAACAAAAUGUAUAUUGCAUGAAAAUUUGUAUUUGUAAGAUAUCAAAAUGCCUAUUUUUGAUUAAAUAGAUGUUUGAAUCUACAAACCUA